CACCUAAAGUUUUAUAUUAGUUAAUAUUAAUAUUAAUAUUUUUUAAUGGAAUUUUAUUCGAUAACUUUUGUGAUUACUGCCGUUUUUGCGUUGAAACCAAAUGAAGCAAAACAAUGCCUUAAUUAUCGUGAUGAUUAUAAAAACUAUAUCAAAACUAUCAUAUAUCACAUUUAUUCACAAAUUUUAUUGAAUGAAAAACAAAAUCUAAACCAAGGUUCAAAUAAUACUACUUUUAUAAAUAAAGUUUUCUCAUCAGAGACGAACACGAAUGAAUUCAGAGAUAACUAUUCUUAUACAAUAAAUAUACUCAAUUUUAAGUACACAGAAAUACUAAAAAACUUCCUCGAUUACAUAAACGUUAUCCUCCAUAAAUGUAAACAAUUUCAAAAUAAUAAUUUAUCGGAAAAUUUUAUUAGUUGUGUAACAUUACUUGUAGAAGAAGUGAAAAAUUCCAAAACUAUGUUUGAAAACCUUUACAAAGCUAUGAAGUAUAUAAGCGACUUUGAUGUAAGAUAUGUGUUCCAAGGAAAGAAUGUACCAAAUGCUAUAAUUGAUGAGAUUGAUUUUUUUAAAGAAUAUGUCUCACAAAAAAUACAUAAGUCCGAACCUUUUGAUCUUAACAAAUUACCAUAUCUUAACGACUCUGAAACGAACUUUAAGAAUUUGAAUGAAUUUUAUACAGAAGCAACAAUAAAGGUAAACAAUCUGUUUCAAAAUAGUAAUAUCAUCAACACUUCUGUAAAAACCAAUUCGGCAACAAAUCAAAUUAAAGAAUGCUAUAAUGAAAACGACUCUAAUGUAGUCUAUUUAACAUGUAGAAAUCUUAAUGCGUUUUACGAUGUAACCAUAGAAAUUUGGUACAAAAACCUUGGCUUUGAACAAUUUCUCAACCCUAGAGCAUCUGAAUUCAUCCCUCCAAUAACACUAAAUCAACUUGAUGGAAUUAAAGCUCUCAAUAUUCUUCGCCAGGAAACUGGUUGGAAAAAUAUGGAACACAUAAAUAUAAUUUAUAAUUUUAAACGUUUUAACGUAAAUUAUGUAAUAAAAGACGAAAUUAACAUCGUGAAUUUUCAAAUAAAAGCAACGCUUGUAACACAAAUAUUAAGAUGCAGGUAUACAGAAAUAAUUAAAAAUUACUAUACAUUAUUAACUGCUAUAGUGUAUAUAUGCGAUAAAAGUGAUAAUGACAACUAUCGUCUUUGUUUGAUUGAAUUAUAUAACUCAUUUCACAAAUCUAAAUUAAUGCUCCAAGGAUUGCAUUUGGCUAUAAUAACUUUAAAUAAAUUAUCAAUAUGGACUGUUAGCAACAACUGUCAAUCAAAUGUAAUGCAUAUAAUAAGAUGGGUAUCAAGUUUUCUCCGUUUAUUGAAGAACAGUGAGUUGUAUCAAGAUAUUAAUAGCGAACCACAUAAUAUAAAAAUCACACUGGCUCAAAAACUAAAAAGAGAGUUUGCUAAAUAUCGUAUUGACUUUCGUAGAGAGAGUAAAAGCGAAUUUGUUUACAUGAAAACACGUUGUAUAAUAAGAGAACCUUUUUAUGAUAAAUUCAGUAAGAUAAAUGAAUUCAAUUAUUUAACAAUUGAUAUGAAAAAUGCACAUCCUCAAUAUCUAAUCCAAAAAUACCAUACUGCGUGUAAAUAUCUUAACAAUUUUUGUGAAGAUGCUUACAAAUCGUGUUAUGAAGAUCUGGGUUUCAAAAAAGUUGAUUGUGGCAACAAAAGCAUAGAUAUAAAACUUAAUGAGUUUACAGUCGAUUUGGUGAAUUAUUAGUUAGUUUUCACUACAUAAUAAAAGUUAGGUAUCAACGAUUUGAAUGAUAAAAGUAAAUUUCUUAAAAUAAAUGCUAAAAAUUUGUUUUUACUAUAAAACUGCAUGUAUAAUUUAAAUAUAACUUCUAAAAUUUUUAUUUUGCUUUACUUAUCAUUUAUUUUGUCAAAUUUUUGUAAACUAACUUGCGACAACAUAAUAAUAAAAAUAUUUAAAAAUUAUUUUUUAUAGCUU